AUGUCGUCCAUCCCUGAUGGGCUUUUUGGCAAUUGGUUGCUGACGAAGUUCAACGGAUUGGAUCUUAGAAAUGAAGUACGUCGGUUUAGGAUGAGGUUCUCGCGUGCCCAAAAUGACGUGGAGGUCCGUGCCUUGGUGGUCAAUGUAAUGAGCGGUUUCAUGGAGUAUCGAGAUGGCAAGCUUACUGGGGGAAUGGCUUCUACUUUAUCUUUGGCACCACCGUUUUUUAUGGGAAUGGAGAAUUUCCUUCGUAAUGGGUUUGCAGCUGGAAUGGAUGUCCGUCUUGAGGGAGACGUAUUAACUCUCAUUCACGGCGAAGACGUUUUAGUGCUUACUGCGGAGUAA